AACCCUAACUUCGUCUUCUCUUGGUUCGCACGUCCCAAGUUUUUGAAGCUCCUCGAAAUUUCAUCUUCCGCAGCGAUAGCAGCAAGACGAGGUUGCCAAUAUGAAGUUCAAUAUUGCAAAUCCCACAACUGGAUGCCAGAAGAAGCUCGAGAUCGAUGAUGAUCAGAAACUACGAGCAUUUUGGGACAAGAGGAUCUCACAGGAGGUCAAUGGAGAUGCUCUUGGUGAGGAGUUCAAAGGAUAUGUCUUUAAAAUUACCGGUGGCUGUGACAAACAAGGUUUUCCAAUGAAGCAAGGAGUGCUUACCCCUGGCCGUGUCCGUCUCUUGCUCCACAGGGGAACUCCAUGCUUCCGUGGGUAUGGAAGGCGUAACGGAGAGCGCCGGAGGAAGUCUGUUCGUGGUUGCAUUGUCAGCCCAGAUCUCUCUGUCUUGAACUUGGUGAUUGUGAAGAAGGGUGACAAUGAUUUACCUGGAUUGACUGAUAUUGAAAAGCCAAGAAUGAGAGGCCCAAAGAGAGCAUCCAAGAUCCGUAAGCUGUUCAACCUUUCCAAGGAGGAUGAUGUGAGGAAAUAUGUCAACACAUAUCGCCGUACCUUCACUACAAAAUCAGGUAAAAAGGUGAGCAAAGCUCCAAAGAUUCAACGCCUGGUCACCCCAUUGACACUGCAAAGGAAGCGUGCAAGGAUUUCCGACAAGAAGAAGAGAAUCGCAAAGGCAAAAUCAGAGGCAGCUGAGUACCAGAAGCUUCUUGCCUCCAGGUUGAAGGAGCAGAGGGAACGGCGCAGUGAGAGUUUGGCAAAGAGGAGGUCCAAGCUUUCUAGUGCUGCUGCUAAAGCUACAACUUCAUAAGUUACUUUAAGAGAGAUAUGGUGAAGCUUGAUCUUCAUCCUAGUUUUGGUAGUGUCAUUCCAUGAUGGCUGCUUCAUGCUAAACACUUGCGUAUUUGCUAUUUGAAUACAUUUGAAUACAUUGAGUAUGUUGAUUUAUUAAUAUUGUAUUCGACACUAGAACGGAUUGGAAGUAUUUUACCUGCUUGAAUUUUAUACCUAUUUUAUA